UGAGCGGUCAGCUGACAUAUGAAGGACGAGGUCAUGUGACCCGCGGCUCAGUCACAACAAAGAUGGCGGCGGUUGCGUUGUGUUCGAGUCGAUCUCUGGUUUUUCUCUUCAGCGUUUUUAUUUUGUUCAGCGGAGGAGAAACGUUCAUACGACAGUUGUCAGUAGAGCUGAAUCCCGGUUCGACCUCAACGCCUCCUGGUGGCGACCUGCUGCACGUGAGAGCCGUGGGAGACAACGACACGCUGCACUUCCUGUUCUGCAGUCAGGGGGCGCCGACGCUGCUGCUAGUCCACACCAACUCCUCUUCUUCUACUGUGAAGGUUGACUGGUCUCAGUUUGUUGCUCCUAACACCAGCGGCAGCCUGAAGGUGGAGCCAGAGAGCAGUGUCCAGUACAGCAGCGCUGUCGUCUUCAGCAAGCUGUUGGAGUACGAUGACGUGAACGACACGGCUGAUCCGACCUCUGACCUCCUCCCACCAUAUGAGUUGCAGGACUUCACCUGGUCUCGUCUGAACCUGUCGGGUCCGACCGCUCUGCUCUGUGGCUCCGCCCCCAACGCCACCAACGGCUCGCUCUGUCUGAAGUUGUCAGUGUUUGACUCAGAGGGGCGUAGUCAGUCCUGGCCCCGCCUCCUCCACACAGCUAACUCCUCCCAGUUGGGGGUGUGGCUCGACGGCCUGUUGCCACGGGCGACUCGUUCCAGGUUCCUAUUGGAGCUGCAGGCCGUAGGCAGGACUGAUCCUCCAAGCAGGGUGGAGGUUCAUCAGUCAAUCGAUGACGAGUAUACGCCCUCAAUAUUCCAGGUGUCUCAGUGGGUCUCCUCAGAGAACGGCAGCUCUGACGUUCUGGGUUUCGUGCAGUGGAAGCCGGUGGCGUACCGUCGGUCUGACCCGGUUCUGGAGGACGCCACACCGUGCCGUCACUCUGACCCUCGGCCUCAGAGUGGCAAGGCGGCGCCGUCCGGUCUGAUCCGAGCGUUCUACUCUGACCCGGACGUGUUCGGGCUGAACGUGAGCUUCGGCCUCGGGGGAGAACCAUUCUACAACAGCACCAGGUUCCUCAGCUGGACAAUGCUGGUGGGCGUUGGCUCUCCUCCUGUUGACUCCUUCUCUCCGCUGGUCGUCACCAUCAUGGCAGUGGGUCUGGGGACGCCAGUGGUCCUGCUGCUGCUGGGUGGAGUCUGGGUCUGUGUGAAGAAGAGGGCGGCAGCCUCGACGACGGCCUACGAGCCAAUCAACUGACAGCCAGUCUUGGCCAAUCAGACGACAAAGACUUUUAAAUUUUUGUUUUUAAGGACCUGCUGAAAGACAGAUGACAUCACAGUGACAUCACUGUGCUGAAGCCCCACCCCUCACUGUCCCAUAAGCCAAUCAGGACCCUGGAUUUUAAAAAUAUUUUUAUUAUGUCUGAUCGAUCACUUUCAACAUGUUGAAGCUGAUCGAUCACUUUCAACAUGUUGAAGCUGAUCGAUCACUUUCAACAUGUUGAAGCUGAUCAAUGGUUAGAUCAACAGUGAUAUUGAUUAUAUUGUUUGAAUUAUUUUGUUGUUUAAUUUCCUGAAUCAGUUUUUAUCUGAAUACAAACGUUUUGAACAAA